AUGUCACAAUGGUGGUGUAACGAAAUCCGCGUUGGACAUGUCGGGCACCCAUUCAAAUCAUGUAGAGGCCCACAGGCUUCAAUCCGCAAGGGUGAUCAUGAAUGGACAAAUGCAUUCAUUGAAGAUAUAUUGGUACCUGUUGAUGCUUUUCACCUCUUUGACCGUCUUGGCAGGCGUAUUCCUCAUGAGGAGAGAUUCUCAAUUCCUAGAAUUCCAGCUGUAGUUGAGCUCUGCAUCCAAGCUGGGGUUGAUUUACCUGAAUUCCCCACAAAGAGUGAAUUCAUAGAUGCAGAUGAAAGUGAACUGCCGGACCCUGUCCCUGAAGUCCCCAAGACACCGCUAUUAACCGAAAUACCUGACUCAGAAAUCGAGGCCCCAUCUAGUGCAGAAGAAACAGCCUUGCUUGCUGAGGAAACACUUAAAGCAUGGGAGAAAAUGAAGGGAGGAGCCAAGAAGCUAAUGAGAAUGUACCCAGUAAGGGUUUGUGGAUAUUGUCCAGAGGUGCACAUAGGGCCCUCCGGACACAAAGCGCAAAACUGUGGAGCUCACAAGCACCAACAACGGAACGGGCAGCAUGGCUGGCAGGCAGCUGUGCUCAAUGACUUGAUACCACCAAGAUUUGUGUGGCAUGUUCCUAAUGGGCAACCCUUGCAAAGGGAGCUUAAGAACUUCUAUGGUCAAGCCCCUGUUGUGGUGGAAAUGUGUGUGCAGGCUGGUGCGGCUGUGCCAGAGCAAUACAAGCCAACCAUGAGGUUGGAUGUGGGGAUCCCAACAUAUAUUAAAGAAGCUGAGAUGGUAGUCUGAGGUGAAUUUUGGUUAAGAGUGUAUAAAGUGUGUAGAAUAUUGAAAAUAAAUACAAUAUUUUAUUUAUUUAUGAAACAAAUAUUUGGCUUUUCCUUAA